AUGACCAGGGUCAAUGACCAGCACACAAGGUUGUCAAGCGAUUUGAGGUCGGCAUUGCAGAUUAUCGAUGGCGACAUUGUGCAGGCUGUCCAAGCCCUCAAAGAAACAAAGCCAGACCCCCUACCGGAUUUAGAGAGACGAUUGAUGAACUUGAUCAAGGAGCUGGGACACUACAAACGUGUCCACGAUAAAAGAGACUCCGAAGACUUCGAGUACCCAUUCAGACGAGGAGAACGCCAAGUGAAUGAUGUUUUCAAAGCAAUUUUCCCAGAUUUGACACCCCCGCUUGCGAAGUCGCAAACCAAAACGCCUAUGUUACUAAACAUCAACACUCAAUCACAUUUUGAAACUUUCGCGCUAGGACCGUAUCAGUUUCCGAGGCUUUUGAACGGACUUUGGCAGUUGUCUUCGUCCUCAUGGGGCAGCGGAAGUGACAAGAGACAAGAGGAGGAGCUCAUUCGACUUGUACAAUCCGGGUUUACCGCCGCGGACAUGGCAGAUCACUAUGGCGAUGCCGAGCUGGUCUACGCAAACUUUAGGAACCGCUUAUCGCCUAGUGUUCGGUCUCAGGUUCUUGCUGCCACGAAAUGGUGUGUUUUUACGCCGCUGACUCAGCCUUUGACCUCCCUAUUUGUGCUCGAAAAAGUCAAGGAGCGAUAUCGAAGACUGGGCGGUCGUGUCGAACUACUGCAGUUCGAUUGGUAUGAUUACUCGUGCAAAGACUAUCUUAAUAUUCUGGUGGAACUGGUCCGCUUAACAGCAAUUUACCCUAACCUAGUAUCAACCAUUGGGCUGUGUAAUUUUGACUCCGAGCACACGGUUGAAGUUUGUGAAUACCUGAUAGCCAAGACAGGCUCUGUUGGGAUUGUUUCCAACCAAGUCCAGUUUUCUCUCAUUGACUCGCGUCCACUUCAACUCAUGGUUAAUGUCUGCGCAAAAUACGGAUUAAAGUUACUUACCUACGGCUCGCUCUGCGGAGGGCUUCUGUCUGCAAAAUGGCUUGGCAAAGCUGCACCAGACAUUUACUCGGAAACACUGCAGUUGACACCGUCACAGCGCAAGUACCAUGACAUGAUCAUGAGUUGGGGAACGUGGCAAGAUUUCCAAAGUCUGUUAUACGAACUCUCCGCCAUAGCUGACGAGCACCGCGUUACCCUAACAAAUAUUGCGACUCGUUGGAUCCUCCAACAACCUUCUGUUGGCGCCCUCAUUGUCGGUACUCGUCUGGGAGUAUCCAAUCAUGUCGACGAUAAUCUCGCUACAUUCGGGUUUACGUUGAAUGCAUGGGACUUGGACAGAAUCGAGGCACUGGCGCUGGGCAUCAGCCGUGGAAAAACACGGCGAUUAUUCUCAAAGUUGGGUGACUGUGGGACGGAGUAUCGGAAUGAGAACUAG